GUGGGCCGACAGCUGCUAUCCUACAAAUUGGAAAAAGCAGUCCCCCUCCAUCAGUCUAAGGAAUUCUAAGCAACUCCAGCAACAAACAUGGAACUUGAGUUGAAGAACAUGGAAUUCAAAGCUGGAGACAAGUUGAAAAUAAAAGGCCUGAUUCUGCACGACGCUGACAGAUUCCAGAUCGACCUUGGUUACGAUGAGGAGGACUUGGCGCUGCAUUUCAAUCCCCGUUUCAAUGAUGAACUCGAUGGAACUGUGUUUGUGUGUAACUCUAAGGCGGCUGGCUGCUGGGGCGAAGAGAAACGAGAAAUUAACAACACUCUGCAGAAAGGGGCUGAAGUCAAGAUCAUGGUGAGUUUUAGCGGAGACAUGUUUGAGGUGGAGCUCCCUGACGAUCAAGAAGUGCACUUUCCCAACCGUGAGGACGUGGACAUCAUCAAGUACCUGAGAAUCAGAGGGGACUUCAAACUGACUUCCUUCAAGAUCUGCUAGAGAAACCUGUAAUUACACACUAGCAUAUAUCCCCUGCCCUCUUUCCUAA